AUUCACGUUCUUUGCCAACUGGGUUUGUUGAAAAAGUUAAGGAACUAACGUUUCAAUGCUAGAAACCCAAACGUUUGCUUUGUGAUCUCUGUGUUUCUACCCUCUUUCUCAUCUGGGUUUUUGAAAUUGUUGAUCAAGAGAUGACUGUAGAGGAAACUAGAGGAAGUUUUGGGGUUGAAGAUGAAAAUAAUGACAAGUUUCCUGUGGGUAUGCGUGUUCUUGCUGUGGAUGAUGACCCAACUUGUUUGAAGCUACUAGAGGGUUUGCUUAGGAAAUGCCAGUAUCAGGUUACAACGACAAGUCAAGCAAGAAUGGCGCACAUGAUGUUGAGGGAAAACAAAAACAGAUUUGACCUGGUCAUCAGCGAUGUCCAUAUGCCGGACAUGGAUGGUUUUAAGCUCCUAGAGCUUGUUGGUCUUGAAAUGGACUUACCAGUCAUCAGAAACAGCGAUCCCAAACUAGUUAUGAAGGGGGUCACCCAUGGUGCUUGUGACUAUUUGGUGAAACCUGUUCGACUUGAGGAGCUCAGGAACAUAUGGCAACAUGUACUCAGAAGAAAGAAGUUUGACUCCAAGAGCCAAAACAAUUCUACCACUCAAGACAAGGCUCACCAGGGAAGUGAAGGACCUGCACCAACAGGUAAUGAAGAUCAGAAUGGUAAACUCAAUAGGAAAAGAAAGGACGAGGAAGAAGAAGGAGAAGACAAUGGACAUGAGAAUGAGGACCCAUCAGCACAGAAGAAGCCUCGGGUUGUUUGGUCUAUAGAGCUCCAUCGGAAAUUUGUCGCAGCAGUUCAUCAAUUGGGCAUUGAAAAAGCUGUUCCUAAAAGGAUACUUGACCUGAUGAAUGUUGAAGGCCUUACUAGGGAAAAUGUCGCAAGCCAUCUCCAGAAAUAUAGGCUUUACCUGAAGAGGAUCAGUUCUGUGGCAACCCAGCAAGCUAACAUGGUUGCCAUACUAGGGGGUAAAGAUUCCUCUUAUGUGAAUAUUGGUUCACUAGAUGGACUCAGAGAUUUGCAAACUUUGGCUGGACCAGGAAGGCUUUCAAAUCCUGCCGCAACGUCAUACCCACCCAGUGGGAUGCUAAACAGACUCAAUAGUCCUGCUGCUGUGGGCCUCCAUACCUUUACAUCUUCUGCUCUGAUACAACCAAGUCAUGCUCAAAACUUGAGCAACUCCAUUGAUACUAUUGGAAAGUUCCAACUCAAUAGUCCUGCUGCUGUGGGCCUCCAUACCUUUACAUCUUCUGUUCUGAUACAACCAAGUCAUGCUCAAAACUUUAGCAACUCCAUUGAUACUAUUGGAAAGUUCCAGUCAGUUGUUUCACCAGCAAACCAGAAUGCAUAUAAGUUGCAAGAGAAUAAGUGCACUUCCCACAUUCGGGACUUUAAUCCCAUUGAUGACCCAAAAAUCUUUGCAGCUGGUAAUACCUUCACAGAUACCAGAGUUGUAGUUGGUAGCUCAAAAAACCCUCUUAUCAGUGCCCCAAGCAAUCAAUUGAUGUUACGAGGGAACUCACAGCAAACACAAACUGGAGGAGGAUUUCAGAGCCAUUACUCCCUUAAAAUGGAUUCUUUGAACUCAGAAUUUUUCACUGUUGGUGUUAGUGGUUCUGCUAAUUUUCUGGAUCAGGGUAGAUGUACUGCAAACUUACAGAGUGCUUUCCAAUCAUCACAGUUUCCAUUAAAUUCUUUGCCAUUGAACGAAUCUUUCAAUCAUGAUCAGUUGCCUCCCAAUAGCAUGAGAGAUAAUAAUUCUUUAGUGUGCCCUCCAAUCCAGAACAGCCCACUUUAUUUUUCUUCUACCACCACAGCUUCAGCACCUCUUGAAGAUUCAAGAGGAGAGAUGCAAUGCCAAGAAGGCUUGGUUAGUGAUGUUACUCAGAAUGUGAACCAAGCACUAAGCCAAAGGUGGGGAGGUCAUAAACAAGAUUACACCCACAACUCUAAUAACAUUUUCAGCUCCUUUAACUCUCUGGCUCCUGCCAAUGGUGUUUUGGCUCCCUCAAGCCAGGUUAUGGACCUACAAAAUGGAGUCUGCAAUAGAAAGCUGGAUGUAUCUUUUGUUGGCCAAUCAAAUGGUGUAGGUUCAACUCUUGUACAGCAGAGUGAGGUCGUGAGAUCAACUAUGGACUCAACGAUGAGGUCCAAUGAAGACUACUUCUUGGAGCAUACAAAGUUGCCUGGUGGUGUUAUUUCUAAUUCUUAUGACUCCUUGGAUGAUCUAAUGAAUGCAAUGAUUAAACGGGGACAUGAUGGGACGGUGUUAAUGGAUGGUGAAUUUGGAUUUGAUGCUUACUCUUUUGGAUCAUGUAUGUGA